AUGCCUUCGCGCUCUCGCCCAGGUCCUCCCGAGGUCGAGGAAGACUCGGGGCUUCGAAGCCUGUCCUUCAAUCAGCCGCUUUCAUGGCGCGUGGGGCGAUCUGCCAUCCCCAUUGCGGAUCUCCUCGAACGUCUCCAGACGCUGGCGCAGGAGCUCCGCAAACUCGACCAGGAGGAAAUUGAUAAGGAAUCGCUACGGAAGGUGUCUCAGGAACUCGCUAGUGGCAACUUGCUCGCCCAUAAGGAUAAGGGUGUCAGAGCCUGGGCCACGUGCUGCAUCGUCGAUGUAUUGCGACUAUGCGCACCUGACGCGCCUUUCACGCGCAAUCAGCUUAAGGAUAUCUUCACAUGUAUCGUGUCCUCGAUUAUCCCCGCGCUGGCCGAUCCAUCCAACGCCUACAAUGCGCAGCAUAUUUACGUUCUGGGAUCGCUCGCUGAAGUCAAGAGUGUGGUUCUGAUGGUUGACCUUGAUCACCCGGACUCGCUCAUUGUUCCGUUGUUCACGGGCUGCUUCGAUAUCGUUUCGGGAUCUUCGAAGGCUUCCACCGGUGAGGAGGUGGCUAAGAAUGUCGAGUUUGAUAUGACUCGAGUUCUUGUCACCGUGAUCGAUGAGUCGCUGGUUCUGUCCCCCGAGGUGGUGGACGUUAUCGUCGCUCAGUUCCUCCGAGUCGAUCCGCGAGUGAUGGACAACUCCAACAAAAAGGGUAAGCGGCCAGACGCGCCACUCGAUGCUAAGCAGGACACUCUUCUCUUGAAAGACUACCCCGCCGCUUAUAACAUGGCCAAGGCUAUCUGCCAGGCCUGCCCGGAACGAAUGACCAGCCACAUCAGCCAGUACUUUAACAACGUCAUCAUCGAUGCCUCCGUGCCGGCCGGUCACACAAAUGGCUCCAAACAUAGCCGGAAACCCAAUCUCGAAGAAUCCGAUGAGGAGGGUGAGGAUAUCAAAGAACUGAGCAAGGCGCACCGUCUCAUCCGUGAGCUUUGGCGUGCUUGCCCAGAGGUCCUGCAAAAUGUCAUUCCGCAGAUUGAAGCAGAGUUGUCCGCAGAAUCAGUGGCCUUGCGUUUAUUAGCUACACAGACCAUUGGAGACCUCGCAGCCGGAAUUGGUGUUGCUGGUCCCCCACCACCUCCUCCCAUGGACCCGACGACCUACCCGCCGGUGUCUCUAGUUGAUUACGACAAGACAAUUCCCCAGCCCAACAUUCUAUUGACUCCCGUGUCCCCCAAGCCCUUCUCGCAGGUUCAUAACUCGGCCUAUGAAGCCUUCCUCAGUCGUCGUCUCGAUAAAACACCAUCAGUUCGUGCUGCUUGGGUCACUGUUGUUGGCCGAAUUCUUCUCACUUCAGCCGGAGGCUCAGGACUUCACGAAAGUGAAGAACGCAGUCUUGUCAGAAACCUUGCUUCGAUGCUCCGCGAUGUUGAUGAGAAGGUUCGUGUGGCUGCGGUGGAUACCGUCGGGCAAUUUGGGCUAUCUCAAAUUGUUCACAAGCUGAGUGUGGAUGGUGGUUGCUCCUCAUCCGAUUCAGUUCUUGCAAUUCUUGCCGAGCGAGUGAAGGAUCGCAAGCCACAUGUUCGUGAACAUGCCAUGAAGAUUUUGGCUCGCAUGUGGGCAGUAGCUGCUGGUGACAUCGAGCAAAAUACCGAGCCUGUUGUAUCCCUUCUCAAGGAUGCACCAUCUAAGAUCUUUGAUGCAUUCUAUACUAAUGAUCAAGAAAUCCACGUUUUGAUUGACCGGGUUUUGUUUGAAAUCCUUCUACCACUUUCUUAUCCCCCCAUCAAAUCGAAACUUACUCGAGGUGCCUCGAACCAAUCACAGAAACAAAAGGAGAGCCACCCAUCAGAACCCGAGCAAGAGACAGAUGUUGACAAGAUCCGUGUUCGUCGAAUUCUCACCCUACUCCGAGGGUUGGAUGAAAAGGCGAGACGAGUUUUCUUUGUUAUGCUGGCCCGUCAAUUGUCGAUGAGGUCGGCUGUAACGCUCUAUCUAGAGGCCUGUGAGAAGUACAAUGGCGGCGUUGUCGACAAAGACGAAGAACAAGUUAAGACUAAACUGUCCAAGAUUAUUGAAUCUUUAUCCAAAACAUUCCCAGAUGCUUCGCGCGCAUCAGCAGAUCUGUGGAAGUUUGCCAAGGUGCAUGAUCGACGAAGCUAUCAGUUAGUGCGUUUCUCCAUGGCUGCUGUGAGUGAUUAUCGCACUGUGGUCAAGGCUACGAGAGAACUUCAACGGCGUGUUCAGACUGCAAACAACUCUCCUCUACUGGAAACUCUGACUCCUCUUAUAUAUCGCUGCGGGUCUUUGAUCUUCAACAGGAGCCACAUCCCCGCGAUUAUGAGCCUUUCUCGGACAGAUGAGAACGGAUUGGCCAAUGCUGCUCAGGAGAUGUUGAAGCAAAUAUCUUCUCAGAAUCCCGAAGUCCUUGAGGCACAGGUCCAAGAGAUGUGCAAAGACCUCGAGGCCCAAGCCCCUAGCGCUUCUUCAACGGAAGAUGCCGCCACUGAUGAUAUCCUGAAGGCUUGUGCUGGCUUCGCUAAAAAGCUUCCUGCUAAACUCCCCAAAGAGCGCAAGUUCUUCCAGGCUCUGGCGAACUACGCUCUCUAUAGUUCAUCGCCGCAUGCCGCAAAGCACGCUGUCUCGAUUCUCAUGGCUACUGCUGAACGAAAAGAGAUGUAUGCAACAGACCUGGUGCAGAAGUGUGUCAAAAAUUGGACAUACGGAUCUGAUCACUUCCUCACUCGUUUGGCUACUUUGUCUCAGCUCAAUCUUCUUGCGCCAAGAGAAGCAGACGAAGAGAGCGAUGCUAUUAUUUCGAUUGCCAUCAACCAGAUCCUUCUUACCAAUCGAAACCCCGAGCCAGAUUCUGAAUAUACCUGGUCAGAAACGGUGGACGAUGAGACAAAGGCUAAAGAAUGGGCAUUGAAGAUUAUUGUCAACCGCCUUCGAGCUAAGGAUGGAGCAGAUGAUGAAGCGGAUUUCCGUGCACAUGCAAAGCCUGUCUACGAAACGCUGAACAAAUUAGUGGUCGGUGAAGGCGAGAUCUCUAAGAAGAAAGAUACCCCUGCAGGCCAAAAAUCGCGUCUGCGCCUCCUCGCUGCCAAGUCAUUGCUCAAACUCUGCGCCUCCAGCACUGUCUGUGACGGUUUGCUGACGCCAGCCGAUUUCAACACUGUUGCUUUAGUUGCCCAGGAUCCAAUCUUGCAGGUGCGAAGUGGAUUUGUCAAUCAUCUGAAGAAGAAGCUUGUGCAAAAGUCACACCUUAGCCACCGAUGGUACAUUGUACCCUGUUUGCUUGCUUUUGAGCCUGUUCAUAGUCUGAAAGAGAGCACCCUCACAUGGCUACGAUCCCGAGCGGCAUACUUCGCUCAACAGGCACAAGCCAGUGGCAAACGGACAGAACAGACUAUGGUCAUGGAAUUGAUCUUCUCUCGUCUCUUGUCUUUGCUUGCCUAUCACCCCGAUUACCCAUCUGAGGAUUUGGAUGAAGCAACAAAACUGGGUGAUUUAACCGACUUCUCUCAAUAUAUCCUCUUCUACCUUUCCGCAGUUGCCAAUGAACAUAACAUGUCAUUGAUCUUCCACGUCGGACAACGCGUCAAGCAGUUCCGCGAUGGCAUCACCAGAUCCGACGAGAUCUCUACUCGCCUCCACACCCUAUCUGAUCUGGCUCAAGCGACCAUUCGCCGUUUCGCAGAUAUCUACUCCCAACAACACAAAUUCGGUGGUGCCGCCGGUGCAACCAACAUCUUGCAAACCUAUCCUGGAAAGAUGGGCGUCCCCGGUUCCCUGUUCGCCUCGAUGGGUAGCCACCGCCAAGCUCAGGACGUCGCCGACAAGAACUUCCUCCCAGAUGAGUUGGAUGAUUUGCUAGACCGAGUCGUCCGAAAUGCAAUGAAGCCUAAAAAUAACUCUGGACACGGUGCGCAGGGCGGGUCAAUUAAAAAGCGAAAGCCAGAAUCUGUCGAUACCAACGGCAAGUCCCCUGCAUCCAAAAAGCCGCGCAAGGAGAAGUCCUCUCGUCCUGCACGCAAAUCCACAUCAUCGGUUGGUGCUAGCAAGCCGAAGCGGAAAUCGAGGAACGAUGAUGGAUGGUCUUCCGAUGGAGGUGCCAAAAAUGCCACACCUGCUGCUUCUCGUAGACGCAGCGGCAGAGGUGUUGCAAAGCAAGAAGUCAGCUAUAUCGACAAUGAUAGUGAUGAUGCCGACAUGGAGAUGGCAGAAUGGGACAAACCUGAUGAAAACGCCGAAGAUACCGCCGAGGAUGACGCAGAGGAAGAAAGUGAGAACGAAGUACAGGAAGAAGAUGAGCAAGAGCAGGCCGAGGAAGAGCCCGAGAUCAGCGAAAAGGAACCCACACCACCUCCAAAGAAACGAGGCGCAAAGGCCGCUGCUACGAAGAGCGAGGCAAAGAAACCCGAGGCAAAAAAGCCAACCAGCUUACCUUCGCGACGCUCCUCCCGUCGCGGAUAA